AUGCAGAAUGGGGAUGACAACUCUUCGAAUGAGUUCGAGGAUGAAGCGAGGGACGCAGUUUGGUCAUUGAAAUCUAAAGGAAUCACAAGGACGAGAUCAAUGAGUCCGAAUCAGUUUUCUAGUCGCAGACGAAGAAUGUUACUGGAAAAGAAAAGAAAAAAAUCUUCUCUUGCUGAAGAAAAUGAAGAAGAUGAUGAUGUUGCUCAUGAUGGCCCGCGUCAUUUGGAGGAUUUACCACAACUAGAGUUAGAAGGUGCCCCGGCAGGAUGGAACGCAUCCCGUGCGGGCCGGUCUCGUGAACAAGCUCCUCCAGUGACGGCAAUGAAUAAAGGAAGGCGAAGUAGUGCCUUCCCAAUUUCAGGCAUGUCAUCAUUAGACGUUAGAAGACCUUCUGUAGGUGGACAAAGGAGGGCGAGCCAGAUGACAUUUGACGAAUGGGUACACCUGAAGAAGUUUCAAGAGAUGCAAGAAGCUGCCAACACCGCUCGGCGUAACUCGAAAGACGUAAUAAAAAACCACAAGACAAACAUGAAACAUAAUAUUAGUUACGAGGAAUGGAGUAAACAGACUGAGGAACGUAAAAAACGCGAUCUCGAAGAACAUGAGAAGCUUAGAAUGCAAUUUCUAGAAGAAAGAGAGGCUGCUGAAAAAGCAAAAUUCAAAAAGAAAAUGAGUUUUGAUCAAUGGAAAAAGAUCAAAGAAGCUGCAAAAGAUGGAAAACUGAAGCAAGAAAAUGGAGAACAGACUCUUGAAGGUGGAACAGAAGAAGAACGUAAAAAGAAAUCCGAAGAAGCUCAUAGGAAAUGGAUGAUUAAAAAAGAACUUGAAGAAAUUAAAAGGGACCGUGAUAUGCUACUUAGAAUGCAGAAUGCUAAUUUAACCAUAAAUGCACCAAAUGUUCCCGCAGGAUCUUCGGGAAAUCGACGCACAAGUUGGAUUGACGCAAAUGCUGCAUUAAAAGUUGCAGCAAACAGAGGAUAGUCAUAUUACAAUCCCUCUAAUCUUUAUUCAGUGUUAACAGAGUUUGCCCAUUUUACAUUUUUAUUUUAGAGAGUAGUCUGACAAUGGCGCAAUAUGCACUGAA